AAAAUAAGUUUUAUAAAUAUUAUAGUAAUAAUAAUUAUCAUUAUAAAUUUACAAAUAUCAACGAUACAAUGCGUUAAAUAUCCGAUAACAAAUAUUGAAAAAAAAAAUGAUCAGCUUAUUAAAAGAGGAGAUAAUAAAAUGAUAUUCGCAGUAACAUGUGUAUCAAAUGAUACAAUUUAUUGUGGUAAAAUAAUAAAAUCAUUUAAUACAAUCGGAACAUUACUUUCAUCAGUAAUAUUAUUUAAAGAACCUUUAUUGGUAAAUGUAACAGUUGAACAAGAUUGUAUGCUUGGAGAAAUUGAUUGUGUAGAAGAUAUUAAUCUUAUAGGAAAUGCAAGACCCGGAUCAAUGGUUUUAUUGGCAGAUGAAAAAGGAGUUGAAAGAUAUUAUCAACAACCUUUAGCGAAACAAUUUUAUACAAAUCUUCCAGAAUAUGAUGAUGUAGAUAUUAAAGUUAGGUUUCCUAUACGAUCGAAUUAUUGGUUUCAAGGAGAUCCUUUACCAAUCUAUAAUUCUACACAAAACUUAGAUUUUUUACAAUUAGCAUUACGUGAAAUAGUUCGAGCGUUAGGAUUUCAUUCAUCAUGGGGAACGUGGUUUAAAGAUCAAACAAUUAUAGUUCCUAGACCUCUUUGUGAUGAUGGAAAUGGAGAAUGUAGCAUUAAGGGUAGAAAAGUGCAUAAAAAAUGGAUUGGAUUUAGAGAAUAUAUAUUUGAUAAAUAUUUAAUGAAUUUAUAUACAGGUGAAAUGUUAACAGAUAAAACAAGGGAUUUAAAUAAAUUCUUUGAAACAAAAAAUAUUAAAGGUAGAAUCAGAAAUUUAGAGAAAGAAUUUAAAACAUCAACACAAUAUAAUAUUGCAAAAGAAAUGUAUGAAUUAUCAACAACAAAUAGUACGAUUGGAUUUUUUUCUUGGAAUGAUAUAGAUUAUAAAGAUAUUUUGGUAUUAUUAACAAAUAUAUCACCUUUUAAUGAUGAUGUUAAUCUAAAAUUUGUUGAUGAUAUAUUAUAUUAUAAUACGAGUGAUUUUUUAAUGAGAUAUCGAUUACCUUUUGGUGAAAUUCUUCAAAAUGAAAUUAUUAAUGGGGGAAAUUAUGAUAAUUCUACAAAUAGUACAGAUAGUAUUUUAUAUGGAUCUAUUGGUCCAAAAUUAAUGAGAGUAUUUGAAACUAUAGGAUAUUCUACCAUUGAUAAGCCCAUUGCAGAUUAUAAACCAACAAUUCCCCCUCCACUUCCACCUUUCACUGAAUCAAAUUCAUUAGGAAAUUCGUUAUAUUCGUUAUCGUCAAUCACGUUCUAUCAAAUAUGUUUACUUUUAAUCACUGUAGUCUAUGAAAUUUACCUUUUAAAAUUAUAAACUUUUUUUUUAAAUUUCACGGUUUGGGAUGGGUUAAAUAUACGUUUAUAUGCGUAUGUAAUAG